CAUUUCAAAAUUCCACCCGAUUCAAUUUCAAACCACAAUCCCCCCUUCCUUCCUCUUCACAGCUCCGUCCAUCCUCCUCCAUCUCCAUCGCCAUCCCCAAUCCUGAGCUGAAAGCAAGGCCAGGGGCAUCAUAGCAGUAGCAGCCCCGCACCAGGCGAGGCACACAGGCCACCACCACGAGACAGGGACACGGGCGCCAAUCCCCAUCCACCACCACCACCACCCUCCCAGCUUCCGUUUGCUUCACUCCCACUGCUGCUCCUCACUCGGCCGCUGCACCGCCCGCCGCGACAGAUCUCGCCCGCCGGGACCCUAAUGCCGCCGGCGGCCGCGCUGGGGGACUGACGCCGAUGCAGCGCCUGGCGGGCAUGGCGGACGGCGAGGCCAGGGGGCGGACUCUCGGCGCCGUCAUCAAGGAGAAGGAUGAGGAGCUCGCGCUCUUCCUCGAGAUGCGCCGCCGCGAGAAGGAGCGUGGCGCCGCCGCGGACCAGCUCCUUCUCUCCGGCGGCGCCGCGGCGGGGGACGGGAUGCUGCAACUCGACCCGCCGCCACCCGCCGGUGAGAGCUUCGUUUGGGCCUCUUCUUCGGGCCUCCCGCGGCCGUUUCUCGGCAAUUUUGGUCCUGUUUUGACGGAAACCCUAGAUUACUCUGAUUUGAGCUUCUGGUUCCGUGGGGUCGUAGAGCCCAAGCCGGCGGCGUACAAGGUGGCCGGUGGCGGAUUCAGGAGGGCGCCGGGCGGAGCGGACGACUUCCUCAAUGCGGACGCCGGCGACAAGAACGAUUACGACUGGCUUCUGACACCACCAGGAACUCCACUUUUCCCAUCUCUAGAUGUUGAGUCAAAAAGGUCCCCAGUGAGCCAAGUUGGAACGCCAAAGACUCGUCCAACUGCCUUAAAAUCAAGGUUGGCCAAUCAUCAAGAUCCUCCAUCAAGAACCAACCUCCCAUUAAGAACAGCAUCAUCGAACAGCUUGAACUCAGCUGCUACAACCCGUCGACCAUCAUCAUCUGGAGGGCUUACAUCUAAUUCAUCAAGGCCUUCAACACCAACUGGACGCCCUGCAUUGGCAGCUAAUUCCAAAGGUUCGAGACCUUCAACCCCUACUUCCCGGGCAACUGUACCUGCCAAAACUGGAGCUUCUGCCCCAAGAUCAUCGACACCAACUUCAAGGUCAACGCUUCCUUCAACCAGGUCAACCACCCCUUCAAGCAGGGCAGCUGGCCCUGCUAGCAGGAAUCCAGCUUCUACAGGCAGAGCAUCUGCGCCUGCUAGUAGGUCAUCAACACCUACUUCAAGAUCAUCAAUACCUGCUACCACUACUUCAAGAUCAUCAAUACCUGCUACCAGGUCGACAACACCUUCAUCCAGGCCCUCCAUACCAGCACAAAGCAAGCCUACAUCAAGGGCAUCAACCCCAACAAGGCGACCUUCUGCCCCUUCGUCCCAACAUGGUAACUUGGCUGCACCAGUUAGAUCGUCCUCAAUCUCCAAAUCAGGUUCCACAAUGCCCAAAGGUUCUUCCCCAGCAAAAUCAACAGCGCAUACACCUUCAAGAGGCAGCUCACCUACUGUCAAAUCAAGACCAUGGAAACCAUCUGAAAUGCCUGGCUUCUCUCUUGAUGCGCCUCCAAACCUAAGGACAUCUCUACCAGAAAGACCAACCUCUGCCACCCGGGGCAGACCUGGGGCACCUAGUUCAAGGUCUUCCUCUGUUGAGAGUGGGCCAGCUGCUCGACCAAGACGGCAGUCUUGCUCUCCGUCCAGAGGAAGGACUCUGAGUGGCAGCGUGCCUUCAGGGAGCUCCAUGCCAGCAGUGAGAAGAUCACAUCUCAAUGGAGGUGACACUGUGAACCCAGUUCAAAUGGGUAAUAAGAUGGUUGAAAGGGUUGUGCACAUGAGAAGGCUAGUUCCUCCAAAGCAUGAUGAUCAAAGAUCCAGCCUCAACAGUAUGUCUGGUAAAUCGUCAAAUUCUCCAGAUAGCUCGGGCUUUGGUAGGACAUUGUCAAAAAAAUCACUGGAUAUGGCACUAAGGCAUAUGGACAUAAGGCGCAGCAUUCCAAACAAUUUACGGCCUCUUAUGACAAGCAUCCCAGCAUCAUCUGUUCAUAGCGCACGAUCAGGAUCCACAAGGAGCAGACCAAUGAGCGUUUCGGACUCACCUCUUGCAACAAGCAGCAAUGCCAGCUCUGAGCCGAGCGUCAACAACAACCUGAUGUGCCUGGAUAGUAUUGAUAUUGAUGAUGAGUUGAGCAGCGAUAGAGCAGGAACCUAUGGACGGUGAUUCACUUAUUUGAAAAAAAAGCAUAAAGGCAUGAUUCUGAUGGAAUUAUUUGGAUACAGAAUAUUUAGAGCGGCAGGGUAGAAGAUCUUCUCCAAGACGAUCGGAGUAUCCAACGAGCCUUAUUAUUCUGUUAUAUGUAGGUUCUUUGAAUGUCCAAUAUUUAUAUCCAGUUCAUUCGUGUCAUGUCAUGCGCUGCUCCAUGUGCAAUUGCAACCCCGGACCUUUAUAUGCUAUUGAAAAGUGUCCUUUAUGUGAUAAAUUUCUUGAGCACUGUACCAUCUUGGAUAUGCAUUGUGCUUCAUGAUUUUA